GCGCGUUCAUAAAGCGCAUCGGAGGCGCGCAGGAGAGUAAACACUUCUCGACGCUCUGGCUCGCUUUAUUCUUUAAUUUCGCCCUUUUUCGGCGACAAAAACCUUUGAAAAGGGUUUUAUUUCUUUCCGACUUCAGCUACAGUGAUAGCUAAGUUUGGAAAGGAGAGGAUAGAGGAGGAAUAUUGGUGCGGUCUGUAUGCGUUUGGUUUCUGCAGGGAGUUGAUCGGUUUAACAAGGACGGAAUAUAUAUCUAUUUUUAUUUCUUUUACUGCAUAAAACGUAUAAAGUGAAGGCGAAAUGGAAAGCUCAACAACUAAAAAGAGCUGUUGUGAUUCUGUGCGUGACUUUUUCACAUCUGCGAAGUUUCUUAUCUAUGUUGGACAUGCUCUAUCAACCUGGGGAGACCGCAUGUGGAACUUUGCCGUGGCUGUGUUUCUGGUCGAGUUGUAUGGAAACAGUUUGCUCCUGACCGCUGUGUACGGCCUGGUGGUGGCAGGAUCGGUGCUAUUGCUCGGAGCCAUCAUUGGAGACUGGGUGGACAAAAACGCUCGACUCAAAGUGGCCCAGACGUCUCUGCUCGUCCAGAACAGUUCAGUAAUCUUGUGCGGUAUCCUGCUGAUGCUGGUUUUCAACUUUAAAGACCAGCUCACCCACCUCUAUAAUGGAUGGCUGCUGACGUUUUGCUACAUUAUGGUUAUCACCAUCGCCAACAUUGCGAACCUGGCCAGCACGGCCAUGUCCAUCACCAUUCAGAGGGACUGGGUGGUGGUGGUGGCUGGAGAUGACCGCAGCAGCCUGGCAGACAUGAACGCCACGGUGAGAAUCAUCGACCAGCUGACUAACAUCCUAGCCCCGAUGCUGGUGGGCCAGAUCAUGGCGUUCGGUUCCCAUUUCAUGGGCUGUGGCUUCAUCUCAGGCUGGAACCUGGGCUCCAUGUGUCUGGAGUACUUCCUGCUGUGGAAGGUGUACCAGAAAACUCCAGCACUGGCCAUCAAGGCAGGACAGAAAGACUAUAGCAACCAGGAGUUGAAGCAGCUCAACGUUCAACAAGAGCUGGAGAAUGGUGAAGGCCUGGCUGAAGGUUCACACCUGAUGAACGAGGGAUCUGUGGUGAAGCCCGAGACAAAGGAGAAGCAGGGCUGCUGCUAUCAGAUGUCUGAACCCCUGCGCACUUUCCGUGACGGCUGGGUCGCCUACUACAACCAGUCCAUCUUCUUCGCCGGCAUGUCGCUCGCCUUCCUCUACAUGACCGUCCUGGGUUUCGACUGCAUCACCACUGGAUACGCCUACACGCAGGGCCUGAACGGCUCCAUCCUCAGCAUGCUGAUGGGAGCCUCGGCCGUCUCGGGUAUCUGCGGCACCGUGGCCUUCACGUGGGUGCGCAAGAAGUGUGGCCUCAUCCGCACCGGGUUCCUCGCCGGCAUGGCUCAGCUGUCCUGCCUCAUGCUCUGCGUCGUGUCCGUGUUCGUCCCCGGAAGUCCCUUCGACCUGAGCGUCUCUCCCUUCCAGAGCAUGAUCAGCCACCUGCUGGGUGACAACGCGCCACUGCCUGAGGCUCCCACCAUGGCCAGCGGGAUCACCACCAGUCCCCAGGAGACGCUCAACAUCUCCACCAUGCAGGCAGAGGAAGUCCCGUACAUCGAGUCCUAUCUGUCUGUCAGUCUUCUCUUCGCUGGAGUUAUUGCUGCUAGAGUGGGUCUUUGGUCUUUCGAUUUGACCGUGACCCAGCUCAUCCAGGAGAACGUCGCCGAGGCGGAGCGAGGGGUCAUCAACGGCGUCCAGAACUCCAUGAACUACCUCUUGGACCUGCUGCACUUCAUCAUGGUGAUCCUGGCGCCCAACCCCGAAGCUUUCGGCCUGCUGGUCAUCAUCUCCGUCUCCUUCGUCGCCAUGGGGCACAUGAUGUACUUCAGGUACGCCUUCAAGAACCUCGGGACUCGGCUGUUCCUCUGCUGUUCGCCCGAGCAGAAAACAGACCCGGAUUCUCCCUCUCUUCCAUCCGUGUAAGCCGUUGAGAAGGACGCUUCCUUAUCCCUACUACGACAACGUGUGUUUUUUUUUUUGUAUGUUGCUCUGAAACACUGCAUGAUCGUACUAACAGUGUGUCCACUCGUAUCUAGCACUGUUCACCUCUGCAGAAAAGACGCGAAGGAAAAAAAAAAAACCCACGCAGAAACCUACCAUCACUCGCUAGUUCCCUUUUAUCUUAUCGUGCUGCAUGUGACCUGUAUUUAUUCCGCUUAGCUAGUGCAUGCUUUAUCCAGUACCAUUUUAGCCGUGUAUUGUUACUUAGUGCUUUGUUUGCUGUUUGUUUUUGAAAUUCUCGCAGUUCAGGGGCAAAGAGUCACAUUCAGGAAUACACAAGAUCUACAGUCUGACAUCACGUCUCAUCUAUAGUCAGUAUGUCAGCUAUGGUGGUGCUAAUGUGUUACUGCAAAAGCUAUGCACUCACUCGCACUGCGUUGUUUUGUUUUAAAUCCAAAGUGGAAAUGAAAAGCGCUUCAGGGUGAGGGAGUGAGGGAAACCAUCCGUCUGCCUUGCUAUACAUUCCAGGUGUUAUAUGUGAAUAUAUUAUAGUACAAUACAAUCUAAUAUCAUGUAAUAAAUAGCUAUAUCUGCUUUGUACACCUGAUUUCAAAGGUUUUUCUAAUUAUUUUACUCAAACAUGACCACAGUGCAUUAACCUGCAAUAUAUUAUACUAGAUAUGUCAAAAUAGCUAUUUCUGAUUUUUUCUUAUUUUUUCUUAAUACCAGUCGUACCUGGCAACCCCUAUGGCAAACUUAUACAAAGUUUUUCGAGGGGAAUUUUAUUAUUUUGAAUAUAUUAUCCCACUCAGUUAUCCUGCAUGGUCAAAUCAACACCCUUUUUUUUUUUUAAUCCAUCUACGCCAAACUUGUUCCACAAGCACUUUAAGUGAUUAAGGCUUAUUAAAGCGCAUCAAUGCACAUUCAGGUCCGUUUAACAUUUUGCACAAUUUCCUGCCAUAGCAGGGUUCCAGCUGCACAAAUCCAGCUUUAAUAAUCCAAAAAGAAAGAAUGAAAGACACUGUACAGGGAGGAGAAGAAGAAGAAAAUUAAGAAGAAAAUCGCCAGGCUCCGUUUAGAAUUCAUUGGUCUUGCCGAAGUACAAAGUAAACACGGCGUAUUUAUUAUUUCAGCAUGGGUUUUGGAGGGAGGGACGUGUCAGACAUCCUGCCAAACCAGAAAGUGCAGACGGUAGAGCCAACCUCUGUGUUUUUUGUGCCAUGAAGAAGGUUUGAGAGCAGCACAGGUCAGCUGUAGAGGACAGGGAGGCUGUGUAGCAGAAUGCUGAGUCAGCGCUGAGGGAAAUGAAGGGCAGCUGGUUUCUGUCUGGACACGCAGGUGUUUUAACAAAAAACACGUUUUUUUUUCUUUCUUUCUUUCUUACUUACUUACUUUCUUUCUUUCUUUCUUUCUUUUUUUUUCCCCCCGCCCCAAAUAACGUGAGCACAUAUCCAGCGACAGAACUGUUAAAUAUUAAGAUUCUUGCUUCAGGACUUUACCUCAAACGUGGCUAUUUACUACUUUGCUGAAUGUUUGUGACAAAGAAAUGAUGUAUUGUUUCCAUCUUUGAUAUAUGACUCUCUUUUUUUUUGUACAUCUGUAAAGUUUUUGUUUUUAUAUGCACAUAUACUCGCCUACGUAUAUAUACAUAGAAAAAUAUCUAUAUUCUAGUGUUGUGUUCCGUCAGCUUUCCUGCUUUAAUUCUUGUGAUGUUAUAAGUGUUAUGUAAUGAAACUUCACUGUAAGAGACACGGAGCAGACAGACGUGUGACACAGUGACACUCCACUCUGAUGGAGGAACAGCAAACAGCUCAGGAGUCGUAUGUUUCACGUGCAUGGUUUAAAAAAAAAAAAAAUGCAAUAAAGACGUUUGUUUUUUCUCCAAA